GCCCUAACAGUAGAAAAUUCUAACCUCUAUCUUUUCCCACUGUCUCUAUCGAUAAAGCAUCAAUGGCUAGAAAUAGGAAGAAAGAAGAAUAGGAAUAGGUUUUGAGCGGGACUGAUGUUGUUAUUGAUAAGUUAUGUAAGAGCGCCAUCUUUUAGUAGGAAAGCGAAAUGUAGUACCAAAAAGAAUCCCAUUGUUCUGAAGUGUAGUAUUGUCCUGAAACCGACGUAAAGUAUGGCGGCGCUGUGGAGCUACAGCGACUAGUCGUCCCUAAACAGACGGGUCAAGAUGUCUGACAUGGAAGAUGAUUUCAUGUGCGAUGAUGAAGAAGAUUAUGAUCUGGUAAGCGAAUAUUCCGAGGACAGUAACUCUGAGCCAAAUGUUGACUUGGAAAACCAGUACUACAACUCCAAAGCACUGAAGGAGGAUGACCCUAAAGCAGCUCUCAGUAGCUUCCAAAAGGUAUUGGAGUUGGAGGGAGAGAAGGGAGAAUGGGGGUUCAAAGCCCUAAAACAGAUGAUCAAAAUCAACUUCAAGUUGACCAACUUUCCCGAAAUGAUGUCUCGGUACAAGCAGCUGUUGACCUACAUCAGGAGUGCUGUGACCAGAAACUACUCGGAGAAGUCCAUCAACUCCAUCUUAGACUACAUCUCCACCUCUAAACAGGUGGUUUAUGUGUCACAGAUGGACCUGCUGCAGGAGUUCUAUGAAACUACGCUGGAUGCUCUGAAGGACGCCAAGAACGACAGGCUCUGGUUCAAAACGAAUACGAAGCUUGGGAAGCUGUACCUGGAAAGGGAGGAGUUUGGGAAGUUGCAGAAGAUCCUCCGACAGCUGCACCAGUCCUGUCAGACAGAUGAUGGGGAAGAUGAUCUGAAGAAAGGCACUCAGCUGUUGGAGAUCUAUGCUCUGGAGAUCCAGAUGUACACGGCCCAGAAGAACAACAAGAAGCUGAAGGCCCUCUAUGAACAGUCCCUCCACAUCAAGUCUGCUAUUCCUCACCCACUCAUCAUGGGAGUCAUUAGGGAGUGUGGAGGUAAGAUGCACUUGAGAGAGGGCGAGUUUGAAAAGGCCCACACUGACUUCUUUGAGGCUUUUAAGAACUAUGAUGAAUCAGGCAGCCCGAGGAGAACCACCUGUCUCAAGUACCUGGUGCUGGCCAACAUGCUCAUGAAGUCUGGAAUCAACCCCUUUGAUUCACAAGAGGCUAAACCUUAUAAAAAUGACCCAGAGAUCUUGGCCAUGACAAAUCUAGUAAGCUCCUACCAGAAUAAUGACAUCACAGAGUUUGAGAAAAUUCUCAAGACAAACCACAGUAGUAUCAUGGAUGACCCAUUCAUCAGGGAACACAUUGAGGAGCUGCUGAGGAAUAUUAGAACCCAAGUCCUUAUAGCGCUGAUCAAGCCUUACACUAGAAUACACAUCCCAUUCAUCUCUAAGGAGCUGAACAUAGAUGUGUGUGAUGUGGAGAGUUUGUUGGUGCAGUGCAUACUGGACAACACCAUCCAAGGUCGUAUCGACCAGGUUAACCAGCUGUUGGAGCUAGACUACCAGAAGAGAGGAGGGGCGCGCUACACUGCAUUAGACAAAUGGACAAACCAACUCAACUCGCUCAACCAAGCCAUUGUCAGCAAACUUACAUAAUUCAGCCUGACAGAUGACAAUGGACAGCACGGACACACAAGAGAUUAUCAGUCUACUGUUCCAAUGUGUCGGUCUAUCAACCAAACCACCAGGUCUGAGCAGAGCUGCACCAGCAGCGCAAAGAUGUUUUGUAAUCUGCCACUGCAGUGAAGAGGGGGAAAACGACAAGAUGAGGAGAGAAGGCAUUCUAGAAGACGUCAGUUCUCUCUUGGGGCUAUCUCUGUUUGCUUAAACCCCCUUGUUUGUUCAUCACAACAUUUUAGUAGAAUAAUUCUGAGAAAUAUUAGUCACCAGACCUUUUUAAAAGUGCUUUAUUCUUUUGCCAGACAGUUUGAGUAAAGUAAAACAGUGGUUUACUUGUCUGCUGGCUGGUAGCUGGUGUUGGGCAACACUUUUCACAACAUUUUGCUGCACGGAACAUAUCAAGAUACUGUUGUGAAUAAAACGUGUUCUCCAACUGUACACGGUAUAAGAUGUUUUGCGAAAAAUUUGUCUACCGCUUAGUUUUUUAUUUCAUAUCAACAUUGGUUCAACAAAGUUUUAUUUGCAAAUAUUUCUAGAAUUAAACACAGGUUUACACAGGUAAAA